GCCCUUGCCACGCAUGCGCGGUGCAACUCCAUCAUCUUCAAUAUCCCAGUCUAUGAGAGCCAGCAGAGGCUGUGAACUAAUGGGAACCAUGGGGAAACCACAACCGGGCCGUCUUUGGGAACCAACAUGUUGAGGAGAAGAGGACCCUUAUCCAACAGCAUCAUUAUACCAGUCUGAGGCCGAUUGCGGUUGUUUAACACCCUCUGGGUUAUAAAAAGACCCUCUUGAUGGACAUUUGGAGCAAACGUUAAAAUAGGGGUGUUAACCCCGCAGGCCUCAGUCAUCCUGACCAACCGGAUGGCAUCGUCCGCGUCACUUCCUUUGCAGCCGCUCUAAAAGCACGGCCCGUGUCAUUGAGAGGACAUGCCGCGUUGCAGCUCAAGGGGUAGGGUCUCGUCGUGAGCCCAGUCUCACCCUGAACGCCCUCCCCCUUCCCUCCCUCAACCCCCACCUCCCCGCUCCCCCCCCCUGGUCGACUGUCAUCCCUGAAUCAUAGCCUCAGCUGCGCAGGCACAUAUACAUCUUCACGCUGAAGGGCUGCUCCCACCACAAACUCCAUCACCACGGCAUUGAAGAUCGAACAUGACUCGUGUUGCCAUGGCUGCGGUCGGCGUGUGAUAUAUAUACAUAUAUAUGUAUAUAUGUGUAUAUAUGGAUAUAAUAUAUAUGUAUAUAUACAUAUAUAUGUAUAUGUGUAUAUAUGUACCCGUGAGGCGUCGGUACGUCAAAGCGGCGGAGAAAUGAAUGGCGGAAAGGACUUUGAGGCGGGACCCCAGCGCCACGUGGUCCCGGUCCAGGUCCCUAUUGGCUGGCAGCGCAGGGCGGAGCCCAGCAAAGGAGUGAUCUACAUAAGUCCUAGCGGCUCCGUGCUGGCCAGCUACGACCACGUAAAAGCCUACCUGCUGACGGAUGGAACCUGCAAGUGUGGCCUGGAAUGCCCACUCGUCCUCCACAAGGUGUUCAGCUUUGACCCUGGGGCACUGGUCAAGCAGCGGACGGCGGAGGACGUGCGGUCAGACGAAGACGUCACCAAGCUGUGCAUCCACAAGAGGAAGCUGCUGGCGGUGGCCGCUCUGCACCGGAGCAUCGAGACCCACCCGGCGCUCGUCACGGGGGCACCGGCCACCAUCCCCCCACAUUCCACCACCCAACGAGCAAUAAGGACUAUACCCCACGUUGGCCUGCCCCACCACGCCCUACCCGACUGCGAGAGCCCUUUCAAGAUGCUGCUCGCAGCUGGCCACCAGCACCAGCCACUGAGGCAGUACCCAGCCCACGAGGUGGCCGCAGCCCACCCAGGAGAGCUGUAUCCCGGCUACCCUAGGCCACACAGACUGGGGGGCGCGGACGCGGGACCAAAGUCCCCCUACAUGGUCGGAUACGGGGGUAUGCUGAGCCCACCUCCCUCCAGCUCCAAGCUGUACGGGGACGGGCCGCACUCCCCCACCACAGAGACCCUAGGGAGCCCUGACGGCGUACCGGGGGGCUACCGCACCACCCAGUGUGGUUUCCCCGGGGCCGUCUCCGUCCACGGGAACGGCAGGACGCCGCCGUCCCCGGCCAGCAUGCGGCGCCACGGCUCCCCGCUCGGCCAGUCGGCUUGUGCGAUGACGGGGAGGACUAGGGCGACGCUCUCCCCCACGGCCGCCGCCAAAAGCCCCGUCGUGAGCAUGCCGCGGACGGGUAACGUCCGCCACGGGACGGACGUCCCCCGCGCGGUGUUCCACCACAGACCGCAGCCCGCCCCUCCCCCGGGCGCCCCUCUGCAAGCGCCACCACCUCCCGCCUGUGCCCUCCAGCCGAGGCUCAUGACCUCCUCUGAGAAAGACCCACUGGGCAUCCUGGACCCCAUCCCCAGCAAACCCGUCGGCCUCUGCCCCUCCCCCGGUUCCCCGAACCCCUCUGGCUUCCCGCCCGGCCUCCACUCUCAGGUACCGAUGAUGAAUGUAAACGCCCCCCCGCCCGCCAUCGUCCCCUUGGCAAGUAACUUGCCCGUACCCACGGGCAAGACUGGACCCGCGGGCCACACGGGCCACGUCCAGAGGUCCCACCAGGCCGGCCCCGCCCCCUCCAUGUCCCCGGCCCCCGUCACCUCCCCGGUCCACAUGCCCGGCCGAGUGGAGGCCUCCCCCCACCGUUCUCGGCCCCCGUCCACCUCCCUGGACCACGGGAACUUUGCCAUCCCCUCGGGGCACCAGGCCCACCCCGGGAGUGUGAAGGUACCGAGCUCCCCCCGGUCGGCCAUGUGCUCCCCUCUGCCGGCCAUGCCUUCUAGCCCCUCCUCCAACAAAGCCGACCGGCUCCACCAGUACAUCGACUCCCAGAUGCCGUCUGGCAUGGCCGGCUCCGUGGGAGCACCUCAGCGCGGUCACCCCAUGUUCUCCCCCCCGUCGUCCUCCCCUUCAUCACUGUCCACCCAAAGUGCUUCCCAGAAGGGCCCCCCAGGUCUCCUGGGCAUGCCCUUGAACCAGAUCCUCAACCAACAGAAAGCUGCCUCCUUCCCAGCCAGCAGCCUCCUGUCCGCCGCAGCCAAAGCACAGCUAGCAUAUCAAAACCAGCACGCCGCCGCGGACCACGGCCCCGCGGCCUUCUGCGGCGGCGCCGGCUCGGGGAACACGGUUCCGGGCGGUGGCGGAGGCGGCGGGGAAGUGACCGAAGCCGGCAGCCGGCCACUCGGCUUCCGGAGCAGCCCUCGAGGCAUGGAGGGACACGGCACUUUAAACCACAUGCUCCCGCCGCACGCCGCAACGCCCCUUAGCGCGCCCGAGGCCCAGAGCGGCCGGGCGGCGCUCCGGGACAAGCUGAUGGCCCAGCAGCGGGACCCCCUGAGGAAACGCAAGCAGCCGUCAGCCGCCAACCACGAAGGCGGCAACGGCAUGGCCUACAGCAUGCUUAGCAAACCCGGCCCGGGGGGUCCUCGGGUCCCAGCUCCCUGUGGCCCCGUGGAUCCACUUCGGCAGGGGGAUCGUGCGGUCGGCCUGCCGCCCAGCACCUCCAUGGCUCAGCUCCUCCAGUCCAUGAGCCACCAGGGUUCUCACCUCAUGGCUGGUGCUGGGCCGGGGCCCGGCCUUCACGCCGAGGGGCCCCCGGGAGCCAACCUGCUGCACUGCGGCGACGGCCCCAACAUGGGGGUCUCCCGCGGACCUCCGCAGCACCUCCAGGUUCAGCAGGGACUGCGUGGCCCCGGGGCGCCCACGCUGCUGCACAGCCAGAAAAAGGACGGGGCUCCUGGGGGCCAGCUGGGCCCUCGGCCUCACCCUCAUCCUCAGCAUCACCCCGGUCAGGAGAUGAUGACCCAGAUGCACGCGUCCGCCCUGGGGCACCGUGGUCCUCCGAGGCCCGGCGUCGGCCCUGAUGGCAUGCCUCUGGGCCACCUGGGCGCCCACCCGCCGCCGCUGUCCCACCCUGGCCCCUCCCUCCAGCAGCAGAACCUCCUCCACCACGGCAUGAGGCGGCCCGGCAUGGCGGCCAUGGCCCGCAGCGUCGGGGACGGAAGCUGUGGACUGGUCAACGCAGGUAACCCGUCGCCUCUGAGCUGCAGCAUGGGUGGCAUGCACUCGCUCGGCAGUGGCCCCGGGGCCCAGAUGUACCAGAAGCAGCUAAAACACCAACACCAACAGCUACAGCGGCUGCAGUUCCAGCAGGGCAUGCAGCACGCCGGCCCGCCACACCCAAACCACCAGCCCAACCACCCCUACCACCCCAACCACCCCUACCAGGGCCAGCAGCACUUCCCAGACCAUCCCCCCCACCCGGACGGCACCAACCUCAGCUCCAUGCCCUUCGUUUACCAGAACUAUCAGCAGGGGAUGAUGACCAACCAAGGCCAGUACGGAGUCGGGCUCCAGCCUCCGCGGCCACAGCAACUGGAGCCUCCCUCCAAAGGCGAGGGGCUCUCAGCGGGGCCCCCGGGCGACCAAGCCGUGGACGCCAUCUACCGGGCGGUGGUGGACGCGGCCAGGAAGGGCGUGCACGUCACCAUCACCACCACACUGAGCGGCACCACGCAGGCCGCCCCCUCCACCGCCAUGACCGCAUUCGCCGGCUCCGUCUGCGAGCAGGUCAGCCUUUCUCGGCCAAUCAGCUCCGCCCUCCACGGCCUUCGAGAGGCGGAGGCCCCGUCGAGAUGCAGAGGGGCGGGGCCGGGGGCGGGCCCGCCCCAGAAGACCCCAGACCCCGGGAAGGGGACACCGGAGCCCGGCGACUUCUUCGGCUCCCCGGGCCGCGGGACCCCUAGGGGCCUGUGGGAGGGCGAGUUACGGCACGGGGGUUGGUUUGACGGCCAGAGCGGGGGCAACGCUGCAGCUUGGAGCGGGGAGGAGUUCCUGGAGUGCUCCACGCAGGUGAGGAGCAGUCCCUGCGCGGAGAGGCCCGCCGGCCCCGCCCCCAGGCCCCCCUGCCCCCCUGAGGUCUCCCAGGACCUCAGGAAGGGUUACCCUGACGGUGGCGGCGUCGGCUACCGCACCACCGACGGUGUCGUCGGCCGGGGCCCCGCCCACUACAGCGAGCUCCCGGAUGUGGCGCUGGACCUCUGUGGCCAGCUGAAUGGGGCGGCGCCCGGGCGGCUCUACGUCUCCCGGGGGGGCUACGGGGACGCGCUGGGCCCGCCGAGGCAGGAGCUGACCGGGGACGACCAGUCGCCGGGCUCCUCCACCAGCCUGGACGGGCCCCUGGCCACGGGCCGGGACUACGGCCCCUACAACGGGCGCUGCUACGGCGGCGCGGUGGCCAGCCCCUCGGACACCAAGAGCCCCAGCAGCGAGGAGGAGCUGCGGGGCCCCGACUCGCCCUACCGCGCCAGGGGCUUCCGUGUGGGCGAGGUGCUAUGGGGCCCACUGAGGGGCCUCCCCCCCUGGCCUGCCAGGCUGGCCGGGGAGCAGCAGGGGCAGCGCCCCCGGGAACAGGUCAAGGUCGAACCAGAAACACUUAAGACACUAACCCACGACCUGGAGGCCUUCGACCGGGCAACCAAACGGAACAGGAAGCCAGGGAAACUAAAUAACCAUUUGGAAGCUGCUAUCCACGAGGCCAUGAGUGAGCUGGAUAAGAUAUCGGGCACAGUCCACCAGAUGCCAUCAAGAGAGCGUCAGGUCCGAGCCCCCAAAGCCAAGAGGAGGAAGAUCUCCAGAUAACACUGAAUGUGCCACGCCCUCCCCCCGCACGCGUCUCCCAAGCCUUAUGCCACGUCGUCCCCUCCGGGCCUUCCUUCUUGACCUUUUGACCUCGCCUGGUGCUAUACACGCGGACAUCAGCAGUGCAUCGUGACAGUUGACUCGACCGACGGAUGGAAGGUGCUGGAAAAUAACCCGACCGCCGAUACAGUUGUAAAUGCAAAAAAACCCCUGAAAAAAACAGUUCGAGUUUCUCUACAGUUUGAGUUAACUAUUUUUGUUUCAAGAAAACUGUGGUAAAUCCGAGUGGAGAGAGUCAAGCGUACAUUACAUAUUUAAGAAGAAUAGACAGUCCAAAUAUUUCUGAUACAUUUUCAAUAUGUACAUUGUCCUGAAAUGUCCUGCUAUCAAGAAUUGUAUGUAAAUAUUGUUCAACGUCACGUACAAGCAGACCCGAUGCACACUUAAUCUUUUUAUUGUACAAAAGAAGCGCGCUGAGGCGUACCAACGCCCCUGUUUCUAUUCAGAGAUACACAAACACAGCCGAAAGCUUUUUUAAAUACGUUGAAAUGUAGUUCAGACCGGUUUCCCCUUGUUUCAUUAUUUUAGGCAAAGGAACGGCAGUUGUCAGUAUGUGUGAGUCCCCCCUCCCCUCCCCUCCCCUCCCCUCCCCUCCCCUCCCCUCCCCCUAGUUGGCAAAGAGACCACUUCACAUACAAGACCAGGUGCACCCGGUUAUUUUUGUCAGAAGUGUCUCUUGGUGUGAACUUUACCGAUAGAAAGUGUUUGGUCCUGGGCUGCUGCCUGCAAAACGCUAGUUUCUGAUUGGCUGAGUUUGAUUCUAGGUAGCUAAAGAUAACCUUAAAACUGAAUUUACAAUGUUUGGUCCUGGGAAAUGCACUACUUCUGGCGCAUGGCAUGCCAGGCUGCCUACAUAACCCUGGUUUCUGAUUGGCUGAGGUUUAAUUUAGGUAGCCCCACAAGACGGAAUAACCUUAAAACUUAACAGUGUUUGGGAAGAGGAUUAUGCUUGUGUGCUUCUAUGCACCCGAUUCCCCAUUACUGUAGUGAUGAUCUUCAAUAUCCAAUAGCUUUAGGUAGAGUAACCAACCCUCAGAGUCAAGGUGUAGAUUAUGACCCACGAAUAUAGAUUGUAAUGCGCAACACUAACCUGAGAUUAGAGAACGUUAAAAAGCAUUUCUUGCAAUUAAGGGGCCUUAUGUUUCGUUUUUUUUCUGUUUUUUGUGCUUCCGGUGUUCAUUGUUGUAAAUUAUUUAUGUACAGCAUUUCAUAUUUAUUUUUAAGCUUUACAAGACAUGCUAGAUGGCAAUAAUUACUACCAAGAGUUGAAAACUCAAGCCUUAUAUGUUUUAUGUCUGUUUGUAAGUUAGGUAAAAUUUUUUACGUGUGAACCAUUAAUGUAUUGAAGACCAUUUGUAUUUUUAUUUUUAAGUGUUUUCACAAACGUUUUAUUUUUAUUUUCUUUAUUAGUGCUAGUACAGUUCAUACCCGUUUCCCGCGUGGCAGUGUGAACGUCCAUGUUCAACUUAAUGUUUACCCCUUGGACGUGGCUUCCCUUCCGAGGGCCCGGCGAGCCUGCUAAGGGCCCCAGGACAGAGAGAGCAGACAUUGGCCCCUCUACUUUGUAUUGUAUUGUUUUGCAUGUCACUUAUUGAGCAGCAAACCCUUUGGAUGAAUGCGUACAGAAAACAACCAGGGCCUUGAUACUGUGUGUCAUAACUAGCGCUCAUAGAUUGACCAUAAACCCCUUCAGUCAUAUGUUUCACUUAAUGUGUUCCUAAGCCAUAAUGUAUGAAAUCAAGUGACAGUCACCACCGCUAAAUGAACACUAGCAGAUCCCCUGGCCCAUACAGAUAAUAAACCUUUUUCCUGCUUCAGCCUUGCACCUGUCUCUAAAUAUCACCAUGAAUUCACUACAGAACUAAAACGUGCAAUAAUAUGUCAGUUUUGCAGAGCAUUUAUCUGAUGUUAACAUAAUGCAUUGCCAACAGAACCGCUUCAAGUAAAACCACUAAUUUAGCAACAUAAGAAACAACACCUUUCUUCUUUUAUUUGAUUUUAUAACAAGGUGGCUGUUAUAUCACCUUGGGACCUCCAUUGAAAACACUAAAAUACACCCUAAAGGCGUAGAGCUCUGUAAUGAGCAACUCGCCGUGGAAAUCCCACUCGCUGUCUCCCCCUAAAGUUAAGUUAAAGAUCUGCAGUCUCAACCCAAUCCCACACACGCCUCCUCUUCUCCUUCAGUGCAAUGUACGUACGGGACCCAAGAUAUCCUGGCCUACCUCAUGUUUCCAUGGAUUUGUGUUGAACUUUUUUUUUUUUUUUUCCCCCCCCCAAGUCCUUGGGGAAAUCCUGACUUCAACAAUGGUCGGUUUUCAGAAUGAUCUCCAACAAAAGUUAGUUUUAUUUCCCCAACCCCAAUAGGUAUGGGUUGUAAUUGUUCCCAGUGUUUUUCUCAAGUGGACGAUGCGUGUUGACUUGCGUUGUGUUUUGCUUUGAUGUUUCCCAUUCUCUCAGUUUCGCUCUGUAAGUGUUCCCAUACUGGGGGAGGGGGGGUAAACUGCCCCUUUUGUUGUCAGUAUUUGUUUUCCAACAUGUAAAAGAGUAUAUAGGCCUAGUAAUAUAUACUUUACAGAAAUAAACUUGCGUGAAGUAUGUUGUGCACUUGGCCGUUUGUCAAGAGUCUUUCUUUUUUGCUAUUGCUUGUUUUGUUUUUUGUUUUUUUUAAAUGGUCUAAUGUAAGCAACAUUUAUUUGUAAAUAUUGUGAAACAUUUCAGGACAUGCGGUGAUGUGAUAUUUUGAUAAUGUUGCAGAGAAGUUUCAGAUAUAAAAACACGGUCACUCUUUACUUGAA